CAUCCAUCGCAUAGGCCAAGAAAGAGCACUGCGUCAGCUACCGUCGUUUUGUCUACGUCGCCAUCAUCGCGAGCGUCGUCAAACUUUCCCAGGCAUCCAAAUUAUUUCUUCUCAGCUAGCCUCUUUUGACGUUUAUUAUUCGUUGUUUUCGCCACGGGUCUCGAUUCACGAAAUUAUGAUUAAAUAAGCACGAAGCUAUCGACCCGUACGAUUUCAUUCAUCCUCAUAGCUCGAGCUUCGACCGCCACCAGGCUGGGGUUGUUCAUUCACCGAUCCGACGAAUUCCGCGCAGACGAAACUGAAUCUUCCCAGCGAACUAAUUCCACUGUUCAGCGGACCGUAUCUCUCCACGUUGCACGAAGAAUUUAUCCCACGGUUGCCUGUCUGCUAGUAGUCCAACAAGUGCCACCCCGCAAUCCACAAACUGGAAUCCGUCCCUCUCCAACGCACUAUAUUACCUCCGACCUCACAUCUUGAUAAAGUAUACAAGCGGAUUUAUCAAGCAGUACUGUCAAUCACACAUAGAUCAAGCAUCCAAGUAGCUCCUCAUGGCGAGCCGAUACGACCUGAGGUCCGCACAGGAUCUAGAUACGAGCUACGCUUCUUUGCCUGGGACAAGUGGAACUUCUGUCACUCAAAACUCGACGCCUCUUAAAGCCAGGAUACUAAAUCAAAAUUUGGGAGGUAUGUUUACAAUUACCCUAAGAAUCAAGCUCGGUAGCCAACUGUACUGCUUCCAGGAUGUCACCCUUCGAGAUGGAUAUAUGAACUCUUGCACAAUAACUUCACUGUAUGCGAUGUCUUCGGACGGUUGCGCAAAACAGAACUCAACGCACCAUAUCCCUGGGAGCAUCCCCAUCGAUUGAUGAUAAAUGGUAACCAGAGUUACUCAACCAACUCAACGCGGGUAUUAUCCUCGGUGUGCGUUGAUUGCCACUUUCAUUUUGUGUUUAAGAUGUCAUGGGACGAGCGACACUCUCAAGAGUCAUGCAACCCUCAACAGGAACAGUGGCCUCCGAGUGAUGCGAGAUUCCCCUGGCAUCAUCUUGUUUGGGUUGGGCAAGAAUCGCAAUCUUCGCCACUCGGUAAGAUUGACGACAGACAACGAAAUAAGUAUUACCCACUAGUUGCUCGCGAGCCUUUUGCAUGCUCAGCCGGCCCAUGCACGUUCUCAGUCACACUGGAAAUCUCGGAACCUCGCAUGACUCGUGAGUGGAUCGACCUAUUACUUGACCACGAUACCAUUCGUAAGAAUGUGCGCCGUGCUAAGGAACAGGAUCCGGACCGGUACGCCGCGGCAACUGAUGACUGGGCACUGCAAGCUCCUCUGAACCUGAACACAUAUCUUAAGAACUUACUUGAGGCCACUUCACAGGAGAACGCCAGGAGUAUUUCUAAAAGGAAUAAGCGAUUUUUUGUACUCUUCGGGACUCGAUGUUUUGAAAUGUUCAGACAACUCGAAUUCGAGGAAACAGUUGAUGUAGCGGAAGAUGGAGUCGAUGGAGGGACUUUCACACCACCGAUCCCUCCUCGGUCAGAUAACCCCUCUGGGGCUACCGAUUUAGGGACAUAUCGAGCAUACAUCGAAGAUGUGAGAUCUGAAGUUCAGUGCAUUAUACACAGAGGCGGCCAGCCUGCUGAGCUUUGCACCCCUGGUCUACAUGCCGAUUUGGGAUGCGCAGAGGUACCGAACGUGGAUUCUGUCUUAGUGAAUAUCACGCGUUAUGAGAUCAUGGGCGUUUUGCCGAAUCAGUCGAAGGAGGUUGUUGUCAAUGCUUACAAGAGACAGUGGGAAAUGAUUCCUGAUAAGCGAAAAGCACUCAUUGAUGCUCUUAUGAGUAUUGGGAAUGACCUUAACGACGAACAGCUCAAUGAAUACGCUGUUACGCAAUCAUCAAUCUUCGAGAGCCAAGUACAAAGUCAAACAAACGGUGACGAUGGGGGGUUGACAAAUCAGGCUUUGCUAUUCUUCGAGCUACAGCCUCUGAACGACUACAAGGCACAAUCCAUAGUUCAGGCAUUUCGACGAAAGGUGGCACAAGAUCCCAGCUGUGCUAACACCGCGCGAAAUAUGUUGAUGCUGAUCUCUCAAGCAUCUACCGAUGACAACUACACAGCAGAGUUGGUGAUGGAGUAUGGGGAAGGAUUUUCUUUACCCACGGCCAAAGAGAUCCUUGGCUUAAGUGAUGCUAGUGGUUUUGGGCCCGAUACGCUGGACGACGUGAAAGAAAAGAUUCGAAACGCCAAAGACAAGGACGCCAAGACAACUUACUUGGAGGCCAUGGAGAAGAUCGCCGAGCACACGAAUUCAACAGGUCUCAAAAGCACAGUUAGCGAAUUAAGAGAAAUGCAUGGUAUUGCAGUUCCCGAUGGAAGCAACGCCACGGGCGCCUCAGCACAAGCUGCGAACUUUGAUCUUCCGGUUGGACUGGAGAAUAUUGGAAAUACGUGCUACCUCAACAGCCUUUUACAAUAUCUUUUUACUGUUAAACCAGUUCGAGACGUCGUUAUCAACUAUGACAAGUUCAAGCUCGAGUUGACGGAUGAAAAAAUCAAGGAGCGAUUGCUUGGUGGUAACAAAAUGCAGCUGGAUCGUGGCGAGGCUGUCGUUGCUCAGGCUUUUGUACAGGAGCUUUCGGAUCUAUUCAACAACCUUGAACAAUCCGAUAAGAUAGCAACGCGUCCGUCUCAGAGGCUAGCUAAUGCUGUCCUUUUGUCCACCGGCACACUCCUCAAAGAAACGAAGAGCUCUGCUGAAGCAACAACUGAGUCUCAGCCGCCACCGCUUCCUACUCGACCGCCCCCUGGACCCCCAGCAAAGGAGAACAACGAUGUGGAGAUGAUUACUGUAACCGCCAAUGACAGCCGCGACCCAGUUGAUACAGCUAGCACCGUCAGCUCGCAGACACUUGUCGAAGAGGAUUCUGACCGCUCUUAUGACAAAGUGGAGACCUCUCCAACUACCACUGAAGAUCAGGUAAUUGAUACAGUGAUGGAGGUUGGACAAGAUGAGGAUGUCGUUCAAAUCAGCCGAACGAGUGAUAGGCCUAUGGAGAUUCCCGAGGCUGUCGAAAACCCGAAGAACGGCACUUCCCAGGAUAUUGAGUCUACUGAUGUCAACAUGCCGGAUGUCGAGGAGCCAGAAACGGUCGACCAGAAGGUGCUGACUGCUCUGGAACACCAAAAAAGGUCUUCUGGCACCGACCAGCAGGAUGUAGAAGAGGUAAUGGGCAGCAUCAUCAAUCGUCUUCAAGCCGCUAUACGCCCAUCAUCCGUUGACAAGUCAACUGGUAUUCAAUUUGAAGAGAUCAUGAAAACUUUCUUCGUUACCACCAUCAAUUACACCAAGAAGUUUGAUGACAACACUUAUCAAAAGGAAAUUAGCUUUGAUCGGUCUAUUACAGCAUUUCCCGCUCCCAAAGGUUCAUGCUCACUAUACGAAGCUCUAGGCCGAAAUUUCGACCAGGAAAUCAUCGAAGAAGACAAGCUUUCACGAUAUACAGCCAUCAAGACGCUACCCCCUGUUCUGCACGUACUCAUUCAACGGUCGCAGUCUAUGGGUAGCAAGAAUGGCAACCCGGUACUAAUUCCUGAAAUCUUAUACCUCGACCGAUACAUGGAUGCCCCUCACGAGUCGUCGACCUUCAGAAAAAGAGUCGAGAGUUGGGCCACCCACAGCCGCAUAUCUGACAUCAAAGCCUCCAAGGCUGCAGUUGAGAGCACGAUUCCAACUGGACCCAUCCUUGAGAGCAUUGGACAAGAAGAGGACGGCAAAGGCAGUAUUGCAGCUGUUACAGAAGACAGUGAAAUGGCAGAUGGUGUGAAGAUCGUGGAAGAGGACUGGAGUUUCGAUGGUACGGUCGAUGACGACUAUCUUCUUGUUGGCCGACCCAGCGUAAACUCAGUGACCUCGGCUGGUCUACCUUCCAGGCCAAAAGACAUCAAAGACACCGAAACCGCCAUUCGGGAGAAGAUGGAUUCCGAGCUCAGAGACAAGGAGGAAGCCCUGGAAAACUACUACUCCAAGUUGAAGAGCAAUCCAUAUCGGCUCCAUGCAGUCAUAUGCCAUCGUGGCCAGCUGAUGUCUGGUCACUAUUGGGUAUGGAUUUACGAUUUUGAACAGGAUGUUUGGCGCAAAUACAAUGAUUCCAACGUCGAGGUCAGACGCAGCACGGAUGAAGUUUUGAACACAUUGAGCACCAGUGGAGAGCCAUACUUUCUUUGCUACGUCCGCGAUGAAGAUAAAGAGACUUACGUCGACGUACCUCGGCGUCGAAGACCAGCACCACCAUCAGAUACCUCGUUCGAAAACCUUGACGCCGAUGGAGAUAUCACGGUCACCAACAGCGAACCGCUAAAGACCUCAGAGUCUUCUCAGGAGCUUCCGCCCGCAUACUCGGAGCAAAACAGUGACUAGGAACCUUCUCGAUUGUCGGCUAGAAAAGGUCAAGCGUCUGUUCAGUCCAAACAGCCAUCCCCAGCUAAAACGGAUGCGGCGGUGGCCUCUGGAAUCCAAAGCGCUCAAAACCCAGCUAAACGAUUUUCUUUGUCAGACGAAGAUGAUGCUAGUGCUUCUACAGAAGCGGAUGUGUAUGAAGCUCCGACAUCACCCACAAAACGACCGAAGCUUGUCAAGAAUGAUGAUCGGACAUCAGAACCCCCAAAAUUGCUCCAUGCCUCUGAGAAGCAAUUUCUGGAUGACCCCGAAACAGAACCUGUGAUACAUGUAAAAUUAACCCCUGAGGACUGUGACACAAUAGCUCAAGAGUGCAAAAGAUCUGAGCUUGAAAACCCCGAUCGCGCUAUCAGAGCGGUUAAGAAACGGAUUAAGUUGAAGGUGAAACCUCAGACAAAUCCUCCGGCUGACGCCAGGCGGCACCGUUGGCCCCGCGGCAUGGUACAUCACAUUAUCGAAGCAGCAAAGCCCAGAGAAAAGCUUAAGAAGGCUACCGAGGACGAAGAGACAAAGAAAUCGUAAUCCGUGGUGUGAGAAGGAUAGAGGUAGUAGAAAGGGAUAAACCCGCGAUUGAGCCAAAGAACCAUUCAACGGAGUUCAUGCAACUAACAGGUUUUUGGGGUGGGAUUUUUUUGGUGAUGGCAUACCCAGAGGAUCAGAUAGAUACAGAAAGAAUAGCAGACACGGCGUUGUAUACUGUGUCAUGAGUUGCAAAAAGAAAACUUGAAGUUGGCUCCAUCUGUUUCUAAUGGCCAAUUUGUCAACUGUUCAUACAAACUCAUACUGUCCACAUUGCUCGUGUUUUGAUAUUGACUCUCAAGCUCUUCAAUAUGCCUUAUCGGCCAGUGAAAAUAGGCUUCCUCUUCUCCUGGAAAGCCUUGAGAGCUUCGUUUCUAUCCUCGGUAUUGACGACUCGCUCAUACAUCUUGUUCUCAACCUCUUCCCUUGCCCAGGCAACAGCCUGAAGAGCAGCCCUUACACCGAUCGGUCCUCCUUCGCAAAUCUCCUGCGCAAGUCUCACAGCUUCACUCAACGCUGCUUUUCUGGCCUCGCCAAGAACAUCUGAGCCAUCACGCUCAUCCUCAGGCACAAUCUCAACAAGGCGAUCAGCAAUACCUAGAAAGUAUGCCUCAGGAGCUCCAACGCGACGGCCGGUCAGGAUCAGAUCGCGGGCGCGGGAGAGGCCGAUAAGAGCGGGAAGACGGUGGGUGCCGCCGGCGCCCGGGAUGAUGCCUAGACGGGUUUCAGGAAGACCGACUGUUGCAUUGGAACUGAGAACGCGAAAGUGUGUGGAGAGAGCGAGCUCAAGACCGCCACCUAGUGCGACUGAGGAGAUGGCCGAGAUGGUAGGGAUGGGGAGGUUGGAUAGAGAUGUGAGGGUGUUGCGGAGAUUUGUAAGAAAUUCAGCAGUUCUGUGCCCGAUGAUUAGUACAGCACAUUACUACUUGAUAUGAGGAAUACCGACUCUCCCUGACUCAUCCCCUUACGCUCCUUGAGGUCCGCGCCAGCGCAAAACGAUGUAUCAACAGCACUAGCCAGCACAACAGCUCUCGUAGGACCCUUCUCAUCUACACCAGCUGCACCACCGAAACGCUUCUGCAGUGGCAGUUCUUCGCCAUUGGGCCCAUAUUGAAUAUGCACAGCAUCGAUCUCGGCGCGAAGGUUCGCUAGAAGAGCCUUCGAAAUGGCAUUUCGCGCAGACGGGCGGUUAAGCUCAAGAAUACGAAUAUGGCCGGUGUUUGGCGCGGGGAGGUUCGUUACGCGGAUGAGAGGUUCGGUGGCAGAGGAGUAGUAACGCCUGAGAAGACGAAGGGUCACUACGGGUUGAGAGAGACGAGGGGCCAUUUUGAGCAGAUCAAUUGGUGAUCGUUGAGUCGAUAUUGGUGGUGGGAAGUUGAAGCCUUGUAUAUUAAGGUAUCUUAGACACGGCGGCAUUGCAAGCCGAGGAAUGACGUGCAUCGGUUGGUGUCGGUUCAUAAUGUUAAGCCGAUAACCGAUAAGACAAGGACGGGAUUUUAAGAGAAGCAUCCGUAGAUUUAUGGUUAAUUUAACUUCAGACGGUUAUAUAUAUCCUUGCCUGUUGAAUUCUGUUUAAUAUUCUGG